AUGCAAGUCUCAGGAGUUCCGGAAGAAAUCCGCUUGACAGAAGCCUACGCGGAGGACCUCGAAGCGGCAAGUUGCGGUUUGACCAUUCACUAUUCGCCUGUUCCUGUCAGUCAACUGCAGUCUUCUGCACGUCUCGCAGCACGACCACACAAAAAACAGAGAUGCAUCUGCACGGCCAAUUUGGACAGACCGCUUCCAGACCGCUUCCCAGACCACGUAUCCGGCAAGUCGGACGCGCCUAACCGUUCAGCCUUGAUGAUCCUGGACACUUUCAGCAUCCCGGACGACUUCGAAAGUCCGACCGCCAUAUUCUCCGAGUAUCAUCGCUACAACCUAUUUGGCUUCCCAGGACACAUUCCUCCCGACUCUAAGUUGAUCUUCGAUGUCGAGCUCAAGGAGAUCGAAGGCAAGAGGGCCUAG